UCAUUUUCUUCACACUGUUUCGCAAAAUUAUUUCGGGCGAGGGGUAAGGGAGAAAGAUGAAAGAAAUGAGCGCCAUUGUGGCAGCCAUUUGUGGUUAGCUUCCACCUUCACCUUAAAAGGUUAAUUUGUUUGGAGAUAUUUAAGGUGUACACUCAAUUUGGCGAUGCUUAGAAUAGAGGUUGUUUUCAAUUUUUUUGGAAUAAAUAAUUAGCAAAGAACUUUUCGCGAAAUUUUCUUGCGCGCAUUGUUAGUCAAAUGUGUGUGUGUUGUUAAAAUACAUCGAAAGAAGAAAUGUAUUCAAAAUAUUUUGUACCUAAUGAAUAGAGAGUAUUGUCAAGUAGCAUGUGUAUACUCAAUUUUGAGAUUGACUGUAUCAGAUACAUUAUAAUGUGCGACACGCAUAGUUGUUCUAUCGUGGGCACAUAGCAAUUAACGUGUGCAUUGUUUUUGUACAGUGAAUGUAUAAAUGCUAACCAAGCAAUUACUUGGACUGGCAGUCAUACCAUUGUGCGAUGCAUUUUUUUUUUAAUAUUUAUUAUCGUUGUGUUAUUCUACAUCAUUUUUCCUUAGAUGACACUCAUGUUUCUAGAGCAACUUCGUCGUCUCAUCGUAACAUAUAUUGCAUGUUUUUUUUAUAAGUGAUUUGCUGAGAUUUUUAUGCCAAAUCUCACGCAAAAGCUCAAGAGUACGCAUGUAUUAAUACAAAUAUGAAAACAUUUUCUUGGCGAUUAAACUGCCGGUUAGAACAGGAAUUGAUUCACCAUUUGUUUUUGCAGUGUUGUCACACUUCUUGACUAGGAGAACCUAGCCAGAAUAUUUACAUGCCCACGGGCUUCUUAUUUCCAAAGAGGGCCAAGGCUCCGCGGAAUGCACGUAUUUGCAUGAUCGUGCUGUUUGGUCCUGGCCGAGGAAUUGUCGGACAAUUGCACAGGUGCUAAGGAUGACCGACUUUUGGAUACCAGCCAAUUCCUUCUCGAUAUUCAACACCUUUAGCGCUUCCGGAAGCGUUUCGGGACAAUUCCAGUUCCAGAGAGAACGACUGGAACAAUUCUUGGGAUCUUCCAAAAUAUCUUGAUUUCCACGGUCAAUGGUUGAUACUUGCAUAUUUUGCGGCCGUGGGUCUCCUCCAGAUUUUGGUUCAGUGGAAUAUUGACAUCGAUUAUGGUGACUUGUCGGUCGCUCUUGUCUUAUACCAUAAUAUCUGGACGGUUGUGGUGGAUCGAGAGGCCAGAUAGAACGGUGCGAUUUUAGUACAACUUGAAACGGUUGAAACGGGACAGAUGCAGACUGGUACCGGUAGUUGGGUACGUUGUCUUUCAAUAGGCCACAUUGGAGUGCCAGUUAAACAAUUCGGGUCACGUUGUGGCGUUUGGUGUAGGAUGCGUUGGCCAAAAUGGGACGGCCUCCCAUAAUGUGUUCUAUGUUUUCACCUGGUUGAUGGCACAUCCGGCAUAUGUCAUCAACGUUUUGAUGCCAGAAGUACUGCUCGCACUUUCUUGUCGGCAUUAUCCUGUCCUUGACGACUAUCAUGUCGGCUUCUAUUACUGUAGAGAGUUCACCACGCGUUAGUCACAUAUUAAAUGCGGCCUUGUCGAUGUGUGGCCGCUCCAGUUGAUGGGGGUAGGCACCAUGCACUGCCUUCUUCUAAGCUGUAAUUUCCUCCUCCACUGUAGGAGGAGUUGGUACACCGCUUGCGUACAGUGCAGAGCGCUGUGUUCUUUGUCAGCGGUGCAGACAACGCGUUUUGGUUGCGAAGCACUCGCGCUGUUGUUGUACCUGGACAACAAACAUUGCGAAAAUGUCGACGAUUCUAAUUCCUUCGUUGCGUGGUGGUGUCACUCUCUCCAGUGCCGAUUGAGGAUGGUGCAUUCCGGACGGUAGAAGACCUUGAGAGGACGAUAAGGAAAUCAUUCAAUCCUUAUCGUCCCCUUCUAGCGUGUCAAGGGUGUCUACUCAUAUUCCGAAAAAAAAUCUCUAGUAUUCCCUGAUUUUCCAGUAAUUUUUCGGAAAAAAACCAGAUGUAGACUAUUCAUCAAAUUCUCUACUAGUACUUUAGCUGUGGUUCAUAAAACAUUUAGUUAGCAUGAACAAUGAAAUCUAAGCGUCUGUCGAUAUCUUCCAAUAAAUUAAUUGUUUAUGAUUUUUAAUUGAGUUAAACGACGAUUGAGACGUGUCGUAAAAGUUUAAAAAAAAGAUUUAUUUAUACAGUUUAAAGUUAUCUUGAAGGAGUCUUAAUUUUAUGAUGCUAUGCUUCACUUUUGAAGAAUAGCAUCAAUAAAAGUGUUAAUAUAGUUGGUUCAACGAGUUCGAAAAUUUCAUUCUCUUUAUCUUGAAGACAAGGAAAGACAAGGUAGAAAUGAGCUUUUGCGCCAAAUGAUCAAAGUUAAUGAAACGACUACAUGAAGCAGGAGCGGAAUCUCUUGAGGUGAAACGAAGAAAAUUUCAGAAAACGCACAGAAGGGAGCUGAAAGAUUGCAAGAUAAAGGGCCUGAUCAUGAACGUCACAUUACGGUGAACACGAAAUGAUUUGUAUGGAAGAUUAAAGGGUGUGUCACAUCAAAUUGCAUCACGGAAAAAACGCUGUAGAAAUUUAAUUUUUAGGAAUUAUGGUGCCUAUUCUGUAUUCCGACGGAUUUCUAUUUCGUUCGAAAGUGAUAUUUCGAUCGUUUUCGAAUUUACCAUUCCCUAUUCCAAUCGUUUUGCUCGUUUCGAACGAAAGUGUUAGAAAAUUUCGAAUAUGCAUCGAUCUGUCAAAAACCGAUAAACAAAAAGAAACACCGUAUUAAAUAGCGGCGAGUGCGAGUUGAAUUUCAGUUAAUUUUUGAUCCUAAGAGAAAUUUGUGAGAAAAUUUUCUCGUUCAAUGGAUUCCGUUUUGUUACCGAAUUUGGCGGAGCAAGAAGAAAUUGGAAUGCCUUGCUACCAUCGGCGAAACCACCGAAAAUCAACCGACUUCAUGAAACUUUCUGAUGAAGCAUUCAUCAAAAGUUUUCGUCUAAGUAAGGAAGCUUUUCGGUACGUUUUAGAGGAAAUUGAGAACUGCCUUACCACAAGGAAAGGUGGUCUAUCCACGGAGGUGAAACUCGCAGCAUGUUUGCGAUUCUUUGCUGAAGGAAAUUAUCAACAUGGAGCAGGGCAAGAUUGUCACAUUGCCAUAGCACAGCCCACAUUUUCCAAGGUGCUGACUGAAAUGCUUAACAUUCUGGAGCGGACACUGUGUAAGAAAUGGAUUUCCCUAAAUAUGACGGAAGACGAACAGCGGCGUGCUAAACUACACUUCUAUCAGAAAACAUCAAUUCCGGGUGUUAUUAUGUGUUUGGAUGGAACCCACGUAAAAAUUAUUCCACCUAAGCUGAAUCGAAAUUUGUUUUUUAAUCGGAAGGGAUUUUAUAGUCUCAACGUUCUGAUUGUUUGUGACGAUCAGCAAAGGAUUCGUUUCGUUGAUCCUACCUUCCAGGGAUCUAAUCAUGACUCUCAUAUAUGGCGUGUAAGCCCUGCAAGAACUCACUUUGAGCAGCUUCACCAAAAUGGUGAAGUUAAUACUAAGAUUCUAGGUGAUGCUGGUUAUCCAUCGGAACCUUGGUUAGUUACCCCAUUCAGAGCAGCGGAGGAAGGGAGUUUGGAGAGCGAUUUUAAUCGCAGGCAUGCCUUGGGUCGUGCUAUCGUCGAGCGGACAAUCGGUUUACUAAAAAAUCGGUUUAGAUGCAUCCUUGGCGCGAGACAACUUCACUACAAUCCUACUAAAUGCGCUCAAAUUAUAAAUGUAUGCUGUGCACUUCACAAUAUAUGCUUAGAAUUUGGUCGUUCUCAGUAGUUAUAAUAUGUUAUGCAGCUGUUUACAUAAUAAACUUUUGUUUAAAUUAAUAUUUAUGACUGUUAAAUUUCAUCUAACUUGUUUGCAAAUGCUCAAAUAAAUAACAACCACCGGAAAAGGAAGUGUCUUCCUUACUUAACUAUGGUUUCGGCAGAAUUAUUUACUCUUAUUCCUGCCAACACUUUGAGAACAUGUCAUUAUCGAUUUCUCGUAAGCAGGCCAAGUAUUCAAAUAACCAUUAUUAAUACUUUUUGCGUUGUUUUAACCCCUUGCUGUACGAUUUAAUUUCCAACAGCACGGCCCAAA